CGGGCCCACCUGAGCGGCUCCCCUCCUACUCUCCUGCUAUAUAAGGCUGGCUAGGAGGAGAGGGCGGUUAGAUCUAGACACCAGCGACAAGCAGAGGAACCAGCAGCACAGCGGUUGUUGGAAAAGGAAAAGGAAAAAAAAAACAAAAAAAAAAGGUUACAAUCAUGACAAGCAUCUACUCCCUGGCUGCCAUCCUCCUGGUCCUCGGCGUUGUUCACAGCAGCUGGCAGGUUCCUCUGCAAGAGGUCGAUGACAUCUUGAGUUUCGAGGCAGACGACACAUUAGCCGACGAGCCCGGGGAGCUAUCCAGCAUGAAGAGCCACUCGGAGGGGACAUUCUCCAACGACUACAGCAAGUACCUGGAGGACAGGAAGGCACAGGACUUCAUCCGGUGGCUGAUGAACAACAAGAGGAGCGGAGCUGCAGAGAAACGUCAUGCGGACGGCACCUUCACCAGCGACGUCAGCUCCUACCUCAAGGACCAAGCAAUCAAAGACUUUGUUGCUAAGCUCAAGUCUGGACAAGUCAGAAGAGAAUCUGAAAUGGACAGGCGGGGUGAAGUGUUCAGCAAGAGGCAUGUAGAUGGAAGCUUCACCAGUGAUGUGAACAAAGUGCUGGACUCCAUGGCGGCCAAGGAAUAUUUACUCUGGGUCAUGACCUCCAAGCCUUCAGGGGAAAGCAAGAAGAGACAAGUGGUCUGAAGAGCGUCCCCACUCAGGAGCUCCCUCUGCGUGCUGGACACAAAGCCAUAAGACAGGAGGAACAGGAAGCCAUAAUGCUUUGCAUGCUUUCAACACUAUAUUUAAAUUUGUUUACUUUAUUGUAAAUUGUCAUGCGAAGAUACAAAAAAUAUAUAUAUAUUUGAAUACUCUUCCAUAGAUUUUAUGGUGCACCAGAGAAGGAAAUUUUCUAUAAAUUAUUUUCUAUAUUUUUAAAAAGGCGAAAACAAGAACACGUGAAAUCUCAGGUAGGACUAAAGCACAUGUAGUGUAGUCGAUUGCAUUUUAAUGAUCAGCCCUUAAAAGAAAAAAAUAAAGUUUUUCAUCGAUUGUGUGCUCAUGGCAUCAGUCUUGUAUUAUAACAAACUCGAUAUAAUAUGGAAGUUAAAGCUGCAGUGCAGACGCUUUGUCGCCCCCUUGUGGCGUUUUGUGUGUAGGACAGCCCUUCAAUCCCUGCUGUGUUUUAAUAUUUGACAAUGGGAAAAAAUAAAUAAAAGACGCUAGAUUUUAAAAAUGCUCAUUAAAGAUCAUGUUUAGAUGUUCUCAGACAUAUUUUCUAGGGUUAAAGCCCACAUGUAAGGUUCAUGCAGGAUAAAGAGGGAGGAAGAACAAGGAAACAAAAUGUACUUUGUAAAAGAGGAAAAGACUAAAGGCAAGAUAAUCAAUCAGAAAUACAAAUAAAAUAAAAAUAUGAGGAGGCACAAGGGCAUGAACAGUAAGACUCCAAAAAUCAAAAGGACAAACAUCAGGAGGCGGAAAGUCGGGGUUGUAUAUAUAAUCUCUCAAGGGCUGAUGGAGUAACAGGACACAGGUGAGACCAAUGAGGGGAGGAGCGUGCACACAAAUGACACAAAGCAAGACAGGUGAGAUUAAUCAGAGAGGCGAGAAAACUCCAACAAGAAAACUGAUCCAAAAAUAAAGCAGGAUCCAAAACUCCAAAAAUAAAGCAGGAAACAGGAGAAAACCCCAAAUAAGGUUAGAGAAAACAUUCAAAACACAAUGUUUGUCAACUUGUGUUCAUACAGUCCAGUCAGCAUCAAGCCAUAGAGUUUCAUAUUAAAGCAUUUUUUUUUCUUACUAUAAUUAUAAGGUGAUCAGUCAUCCCUGUGUUGAAACCAACCCAAACUAAAAUAUUUGAGGGGUAAAUGCCCUCAGUUUCAAACUGUUGUUCAUGUACUGCUAACGUUAGCACCAUAUUUAGCAUAUAAAUAUGAGAGUAGUGUCAAUUGUCUCAUCUAAUUCUCAAGAAUAAUAUUUUUCAGUAAAUCAAACAAGUUUUUGCUACUGUUGAGGAGUUUCAUGGUAGUCAUUUUACGAGUUUUAGCCUUUUUGCUAAACUAAACUAAUCUGCCAGUGAAUUCAGUUUGAGAUUUAGCAGCAUAUUCAUAUUGUUACAGCAUAUUCAGGAGAAAGAAAUUGUUUCAGUCUUUGUGCUAAGAUAAGAUAAACUAACCAUUGCUUGUCUUGGCCUCAUAUUUAUCAGUCAUCGCUGUGUUCAAACCUGCCCAAACAAAGAUAUUUGUUUCAAACUGUAGACACUUCAUUGUAAUCUCAUUAGGUUCUGUGAGGCCUUGCACUAUUUUGCUUUCAAACUCACUGUGUUGUUCGUGUGCAGAUGCAAGCAUUUCCAUUUAAAUAGCUUGGGAAGAACAGUCAGGAUUAUAAAUGGCAUAAAAACACACUGCAGACAGUUUAUUAUCGUGCAGUUUGGUUCUUACCAGACAUACUCUAAUUAAUGUCACAUAAAAUAAAACAAACUUUGCAUUCAGCCGACUAAAAUUAAUUAAAUAAUCGAUUUUCAGGGGAAUUAAUGACAAAGCAAUCAUGCAAAAUAAUAUUUUAGUUAAGAUGAAUGAGUCAGCAACAUCUGAAUUAAUCUUUAUUUGCUGCAUCUAAAAUUAUCUAUACGAGAUGCUGAGUCAGAUGUUUGUGAGAAGUCGCUUUCACGUCCUCCAGAUUCCUCCGAACUCUCCCCCAAAGUAGCAGAGGCAAAAAAUAAAACGCCACAUCUUUUAAUUAUUUUUUUUUAACAGUUUAUUAUCUUUAUUUAUGCUCUCACUCUUUGCGUGUGUCUCUCUCGUGCUCUCGUUCAUCCCCAUGAAACAAACCACAGUUUUGAACAACAGAUCUAAACGGAUCUAUACAGGUGACUUUAAAUUAUCAAACAGAAAGUGUUACGACGAUUCCUACCAAAUUUAAGGCAGAAUUCCACACAGAAGUGGCCAAAAUAUUUGAUACUGAUAUAAAUUUGACCCAUUAUUAGCUUCUCUAAUAAACUAAGGACCAUCAACUAGACAAUGGGAAAAGAACAUCUACAACGAAAAACCCAAUCCAACAUUGACGUCAUGUUAGUAAUAUAUUAGUAACAUUUUACAUGAAUAAAAUAUACUAUGUAUUAUACAUUGUUAAGACUCUUUACCAUUUAUUACAUGUUGCCCUUCCCAGAAAAAAGGUAUUAUUGCAUCUCUAGAAGUAACCAUGGUCCUGCAGUGAGGCAGUCGAGACUGCUUCACCAUCAUGCAGGUAUUUUUUUUUUUCUUCAUUUAUUUUUUUAAAUAAUUAGCUUCAGAUGCUAA